UUUCAAACUCAACUCUGUGACUCUGUCAAGAUAAACUUGGACGAAAACUACAUGUAUUUGGCUUUUUCUCACGAUAUUUUACGAUGAGACGCUCUGGAAGUAAAGGGAUCAUCGAAACGGAUUGUUAUUGCAAAAUUCGAUUACUCGAUGACUCAGAAAUAUCGUGUGAAUUCAAGAGAGACUCCAAAGGUCAGGUUGUUUUUGAUCAGUGCUGCAAGGAACUUGAUCUUUUAGAAAAGGAUUACUUUGGCCUUCGUUAUGUUGAUACAGACAAACAAAGGCACUGGCUAGACCUCAACAAAGGCCUUAUCAAGCAAAUGAAAUCAAAACCUCCUUACACUCUCUUCUUUCGAGUGAAAUUUUAUCCCCAAGAUCCAGGAAAGAUUGUUGAAGAAAUAACACGAUAUCAUAUAUUUGUGCAAGUUAAAAGAGAUAUACUUCAUGGACGGCUGUUAUGUUCAUUCAAUGAUUUGGCAGACCUUGGUGGAUACAUUGUUCAAGAUGAACUUGGUGACUAUGAUCCUGAGGAUCACAAAGAUGGAUAUUUGUCUGAGUUUAGAGUUGUACCUAAACAGAAUGAGAAGCUCGAGGCUAAGAUUGCAGAAAAUCACAGGAACUUAAGUGGUCUUACACCGUCUGAUUGUGAAAAGGAUUUCCUUGAUAAAGUUAAAUUGUUGGAAAUGUAUGGAGUUGACCCUCAUCCAUGCAAGGAUCAAGAAGGAGUACAGUUGUAUUUGGGGCUCACACCAGAAGGAAUUGCCAUUAUUCGUGAAGCGAAGAAAGUCUCUGGUUUUCCUUGGGCUGAUGUUCUAAAGGUCUCCUAUGAUAGUAAAGUAUUUUAUGUUCAAAUUCAGAAGGAAGAGCGCAAGGCGAACUACGGAUUCCGUCUACCAGACCACGGGGCUUGCAAGCAUUUAUGGAAAUGUGCUAUUGAACAUCACACGUUUUACAGUAACGAGAUAAAGCCGAAGGUGCGAAGAACCUCUAGUUUGUCGCCACAGCGAUUCUUUAAGCGCCACUCGAGAUAUCAAUACAGUGGACGAACUCAAAACGAGGUUAUUAAAGAUAGUCUCAGUAUCCAACGUCCUAACCCCGAGAUAAAAAGAACGCCAAGUAUUCGAAUCUCGAGUAGACAAGAUGCCGGGUCGAAGAAACCUUCUGAAACCGCGAACAACAACCGAAAUUCAGCAGAUACUCCCACCGGUGGUAGUUCAGCAAGUACAUCGUCGGGCGCAGACCCCCUGAAGGAAUUCGAGACCGAGCAUAUUCCGGAUGUCCCGCCCGAGGAACAAAACCACUCGCACACCAACGUUGAAGUAACCGAUGGCUCGACGAGGACUGGAACUGAGAACGGCCCAGUUGCUGAUGUUGGCGCGAUGAUGAGAGAGAGCGCGAAGCCUGAGAACGACGGAAAAACAGCCCUGUCUGUGCUAUUUAUAUUCUUAUUGCUAGCACUGGUGAUUAUACCCAUAGCAGUUGUAUUACAGAUGAACAAAGAAGGCAUGAAGUCAUCUUCAACAUACAAGAGUUUCACCUCAUGGUUUGGGUAAGAUACUGGAGCCAGCGUUCUUUGAUGUCAGUGGACUUGUCACAAGAAGCAUGCUCGUUCGACGAACACAAUACGCUUGCGUACAUUUACUUUGAAAUAAGAGCAAUCAAGGGGUAUUUAAGAGAGUACAUUGAAGCUGUUGUUCGAACUGUCGUGAAGUGUAAUUAGUUGCAUAUAUUUUAUUUUUGCUCCAUGUAACAAGUAUACUUAAAUUAAGACUAUUUUAAAUUCUUAGCAAGUAGUAUAGGCUGCCGGGAUUAAAGUUUCGUAA